AUGGAAGGUGGACACAUUACAAAUGAAGAGGAAGGCAGCAACGAUAGUGAUAGUGUUGUGAGUGUAAAACAUGAACCUAAUUUAGAAAAUCAGUCAUUAAAUUGUGAAACUAAUGAACGAUUCGGAGCGGAAACUUAUUACAAAAUGGAAAAUAGAAAGUUACUAAUGUUAGGUGGUUUUGGUCUAUGGUGUAUUAUUGGUGGUUUUAUUAUGUCGUUCUAUCUAUUGCCAAAAAUUGUUCAGGGUGAAAUUCAAAAAAAAUUGGAAUUGAAAAAUGGUAGCGAAAUGUACCCAAUGUGGCAAAAAUUACCAAUCCCAAUUAUAUUUAAUGCGUACUUAUUUAAUGUAACAAAUCCAAAGGAAAUUAGUAAUGGUGAAAAGCCAAUUCUUAAAGAAGUUGGACCUUUUUGUUACAAUUUAUAUAGAGAAAAAAUUAUUUUGGACGUUAGUUCCGAUGGAAAUCAAAUUACAUACAACAGUACUAGAAUAUUUUUUGAGCGGCACGAUGAAGGAUGCAUAUCAACGGAGACCGAAGUUACAAUACUUAAUUUGGCUUUAAUGGGAACUGUUCAUAUUAUGCUGAACCUGAUACCAGAUUUUUUAUCAACUUUCGAAGAAACAAUACCACUCAUGUUUCCAGGAAUAAAAAAUGUGUUUACUACAGCAAAAGCAAAAGAUAUUUUGUUUAAUGGAUUAUUGUUAGAUUGUUCUGAUCCAGAUGGAACUCUGGGAUUAGUAUGUUCAAAUAUAAAAGGAUUAUCACCCCCACAAGUUUGGCAACUUGAAAAUGGGCGCGAUUAUAAGUUUGCAGCAUUAAAAUACAUGAAUGGAACUAGUGAAGGAAUAUUUCGUGUCAAUUCUGGAAUAAAUAGUCUCCAACUACUGGGUAAUACAGAAGAAUGGAUGGGAGAAAAUGCUUUAAAAUAUUGGCAAAGUGAAAGAUGUAAUGAAAUUUCUGGCACAGAUGGUUACAUUAUUCCUCCUCCAGAAACUAAAGAAAAAAUAGUUUUUUUCCAGGUUGAUCUAUGCAGAUCAAUUGAAUUGGAAUUCGAAGAAGAGACAACAUUGUUUAAUUUGCCAGCGCGAAAAUAUAUAACAACCCAAAAAACAUUAUCUGACAUCGAAGAAAAUAAAUGCUAUUGUAUUAAACAUAAAGAUCCCGAAACGGAAGAAGAAUCAAUUCAAUGUUUAAAAAGUGGUGCGCUCAAUUUGACGCCUUGUUUCACAGCACCGGUGAUCAUUUCGUGGCCACAUUUUUAUUUGGCUGAUGAUGAAUAUAAAAAUUAUAUUAUUGGACUUUCACCGAAUAAAACUAUUCAUGAAAAUCAUGCUUAUGUCCAAACGAUGACUGGUAUACCUUUGCGUGGGUAUAAACGAGCUCAGAUAAAUAUGUUUCUUAUCAAAAACGAAGAAGUUUCGCUUCUAAAUAAUGUUAGCGAAGGAUUAUUUCCAAUAUUAUGGAUUGAAGAAGGUACUGAUUUGCCAGAAAACUUUCGUAAAAUGUUAAAAGUUACAUUUUCCUUACUAAAAAUUAUGGAUAUAUUUAAACCAUUUAUAAUCUUAUGUGGAUUUAGUUGUUUGAUAAUGGCGAUUGUUUUAUAUUUAAAACAAAAUAACAUGCUGUGUUUUGCGAAGGAUAAUCAAAUUUUUGAUGUUCAAGAUGAUGAUAAAUCAAUACAUUUGCCACCACCAGGAUAUCCAGCUAUUCAAAAUCCAUAUUCAAAUAAUAUUGAACAUUUUAAUAUGAUGAAUGUUCAACGAAAUAUGAAUGGUCUUGGCCAACAAUUUGAUGGUGUCAAUCAAUUUGGAAUAAAUCGACGAAUUGCACCAAAACCUGCUGAUGGAUUUUUAAGACAAUAA